AUGGCUGGAUCUUCCAAGACAAACAGAAAGGAAGGGAACGUGCCCAUCGAGCAUGAAUGUCCGCUGAAUCUUCUUCCUCGCGAUAUAUGGGUGAGGAUUGCCACUAAGGUUGCAUCGAAUUCGAUUCAUCAUCUGUUCAACAUGCAGGCGAGUUGCAAGGUUUUUCUGGAUGCAGCGAGUUCCGAAGCUGUGUACCAACAUGCGACGAUGCGGGUUAUACCGUUAGUGUCCUUUUUAUUUUACCUUGACCGGCCGGAAAGGAGGUUCCUCGAUCGCUGCGUUGAAGCAGAAAAUAUGGAUGCUAUACUUCGACAGGGGUUGACGGAGUAUUUCUGGAUUGUCCGCCGUGGCAUUGGGAUGGAACUAAUUUCUAGGGCAUCGAUGGAGGGCAGCGUCGAAGCAGGUUACCUGUCUGCCAUGUUGCUACCGUGUGAUCACGAGAACGAAGAAGAAGUGCAAAGGGGUGUUGAAAUGUUAGAGUCUAUCCGUACUUCUGGAAAGGUCGAAAGGUACAGGGAGUUCUUCGCGGACAUUUUUUGGGAGCGAUGGGUUGACGAGAGACCAUCGGAUCCGGGACAUGCCGUGGCUUGUCGGUCCACCACUUGCACUACCCACGGCACCUUGGCUUGUGUGAAUGAUGUGUCUCGUGUCUCGUGUGUGCACUGCCUGGUGGAUUACGAGGUCAGGAUUUUCUUGGAGAUGUUUAGAUUUUAG